UUCUCCCACGACGCUCGGGCCAAGGGCGGAGUGAUCGUGCACGUGCUGGUGGUCUUCUAUAUGUUCUACGCCUUGGCCGUGGUGUGCGACGACUACUUCGUCGCCUCCCUGGAGGAAUGCUGCUCCCGGCUGAACCUGUCCGAGGACGUGGCGGGUGCCACCUUCAUGGCCGCCGGGAGUUCGGCCCCUGAGCUCUUCACCGCCAUUUUAGGAGUACUUAUUGCCAAGGGAGACGUCGGCACGGGCACCAUCGUAGGCUCGGCGGUGUUCAAUGUCCUCUUUGUCAUCGGCCUCUGCGGACUCUGCUCCGGAAAGGACGUCCCGGUCACCUGGUGGCCGCUAUUCCGAGACUCCGUCUUCUACGCUUUCACGGUCGUCAUUCUCAUCCUGGUCAUCUAUGACGGAGAGGUCACGUGGUACGAGUCUCUGUCCAUGCUGCUUCUUUACGGCGUCUACAUCGACCUCAUGAAGUACAACACCAGGAUCCAUCGGUGGAUAGGCACCACCUUCGGAAUCCACGAGGAAGAGGAGACAACCCUGGGACUCACCUCCACUGGCCACGAGGCCAAGAACUACAGCUCCUACGUGCCCUUCAACAACGAGAUCGACGACUUCGCGCAACCCGGCGGUGCCCUGAGGAACACGGCCCCCCUGGACGAGGUCAUCCGGGACAGUAGGAGGCGGCCCACCCUGUACGAGGCCGCGCUGAUGAUGCUGAUGACGCGGCCGUUUCGACCCAAGACUCGCUUCUGGGCCGCCGCCAAACGGGUGACGCACGAGUACAAGCGCAUGCGGCGUGGAGAAAUUCAGCAUCUUCCUUCGCAGACGUCGCUGGACCCCAAUGACCUUGUCACCCGGGGCAAGAGCCACAGCGUCGACAUCACGUUAUCAACGGAAGCGGACUGGAAGAAGAUCCCAAGAUUGCAGGACGGUGUGCUGUCGGUGAUCAAGUGGUGCAUUCAGGCACCCCUGCUGGCGACCCUGCACUACACCGUCCCGGACUGCCGCACGGCCAGAGGAAAGAAGCUCUUCAUGCUCAGCUUCCUCAUGUCCAUCUUCUGGACGGCCGUCUUCUCCUACGUCAUGGUCUGGAUGGUUACCCUGAUCGGAUAUACCAUGGGAAUCCCAGACAGCAUCAUGGGGAUCACGUUCCUGGCCGCUGGUACCAGCAUCCCAGACGCCUUUGCCAGCCUCUUGGUGUCGCGGCAAGGGCAAGGAGACAUGGCAAUAGCCAACAGCAUCGGAAGCAAUGUCUUCGACAUCCUGAUUUGCUUAGCACUGCCGUGGCUCAUUCAAACUGGAAUGAUCGCACCGGGUUCUAUUGCAUACAUCAACAGCGGAGGCCUGGUCUGGUCUGUGGUCUUGCUGUUCCUCACCAUCAUCAUAACGAUUUACGCCAUCCACCGAAGCCACUGGUUCCUCACCAGGAAGCUGGGCAUUUUCCUCAUGGUGGUGUACGUCUUCUUCCUAGUCUUCUGCAGCGCGGUCGAGUUCAACCUGCUCGGAUACGUCAACCCGCCCAUGUGCUCCGAGUGAGGUGCCCGAGCCACUUCGGCCGUCUGCAAACCUGUCGUGCUCUGGCAGCGCGCAGGUCAACCGUGUGCCGCCGUUUGUUCUGUUCAGCCAUAGUCAGACUGCUCAUACGUCGUACAAAAGACGGAGAGUUGGCUGCAGACACGAAGAAAGACAGUUCUUGUAAAACCAACG